ACCACCAAGAAGUUAGGAAGCGGACCUCCGAUUGUCGACUGACGACGAACACAAAGGACAUGUCAUCGACUCAUCAUCAUCAUCAUCACGCCGUUAGCUCGCAAACUCACGCCGUUAUAUAGCCGUCACCGUCCUCAUCCCAAAUCAUUAAUAAUUCAACGCUAUAAUGCGCUUCACAUCAUCCCAACCCAAACCAGCAGUUAGAGAUCAUGAAAAUCUUCGCUUUCAGCUCUCUCUGCUUCUUCUUCUUCUUCACUCUGUCCCUCCACAGGGUAUUAUCUGUAAAUCAUUCUAGCUCGCCUCCAAGAGGUUGGAACUCUUAUGAUUCCUUUUGCUGGACCAUCUCUGAAGAAGAGUUCCUGCAAAAUGCAAAUCUUGUUUCUCAGCGUUUACAUGUUCAUGGAUAUGAGUAUGUUGUGGUGGAUUACCUAUGGUAUAGGAGAAAAGUGAAGGGUGCUUACCCUGAUUCUCUUGGAUUCGAUGUGAUUGACGAAUGGGGGAGGAUGGUUCCUGACCCGGGUAGAUGGCCUUCAGCAAGUGGUGGGAGAGGGUUCACUGAAAUAGCUAAUAAAGUUCAUAGCAUGGGUUUGAAAUUCGGGAUUCAUGUUAUGAGAGGUAUAAGUACACAAGCGGUCAAUGCAAACACUCCUAUCUUUGAUGUUACAACGGGAAAAGCUUACGUAGAGAAUGGCAGGCAGUGGUAUGCAAAAGAUAUAGGGUUAACGGAGAGGAAGUGUGCAUGGAUGUCACAUGGUUUCAUGAGUGUAGAUACCACGCUGGGAGCUGGAAAAGCUUUCUUGCGGUCACUCUAUCAACAGUAUGCUGACUGGAGUGUUGAUUUUGUGAAAAAUGACUGUGUAUUUGGGGACGACUUGGAUGUAAAUGAGAUACGCUAUGUGUCACAGGUUUUAAGGGGGCUUGACCGUCCCAUUCUGUAUUCCUUGUCUCCUGGAACUAGUGUGACACCAACCAUGGCAAAGGAUAUACAUCACCUAGUCAACAUGUACAGAAUAACAGGUGAUGACUGGGAUACAUGGGGAGAUGUUGCAUCUCAUUUUGAUGUUACAAGGGACUUCGCUACUGCUAAUAUGAUAGGAGCUGAGGGCUUGCUGGGGAAUUCUUGGCCUGACUUAGAUAUGCUACCACUGGGUUGGCUUACUGAUCCAGGUUCAAACGAUGGUCCACACAGAUAUGGUAAACUUUACCCAAACGAGCAAAGAACUCAGAUGACUUUGUGGUCUAUGGCCAAGUCUCCUCUCAUGUUUGGAGGGGAUAUGAGAAGGCUUGAUGAGUUCACGUUGCAUCUCAUCACGAAUCCCACUCUACUGGAAAUAAACUCUUUCAGCUCUAACAAUAUGGAGUUUCCCUAUAUUACUGCUGGUCUCCAAUCUAGGAACCAGGGUCAGAGCUGGCAAUCAAUAACACUAACGGAUGAUAGUGCACCAGAAACACAUUUUAUGGGUCUCACUAGCUGCAUGGAUUCCAAAGCGGAAGGUUGGUUUAUCAAAGCUCUUGAUGAGGAAAUCGAACAAGUCUGCUGGAAAGAAAGCUUAAGAAGCAAAAAUCAUGAACCUUUUUGUCUAUACAAGCGGAAGGCACUUUUGGAAUCAGAUGAAAAGAUGACGUAUAAGCAGCAAUAUAAAGGGAACCUCCGUUUAUUGGGAACAGAAGCAAUGGAGUUUUGCUUGGAUGCUUCUCCGAAACGGAAGCUGACUUCGAAAGAAUUCAAGAGAGGUUCAUUUUCACCUUGCAGACUGGAUUCUAACCAGAUGUGGGAGUUGAACAACAACGGAACCCUCGUAAACAGUUAUUCUGGUCUAUGUGCUACGAUAAAUACAGAAAAAGCCACUGCUGUUCCUGGAGGAAUUCGCUCUUGGAUUGCUACAGGAAGGAAAGGAGAAAUAUUUGUUGCUUUCUUCAAUUUGAAUCCUGCAAGGACCGUGAUAUCUACAAUGCUAUCGGACCUGGCUAAGGCACUUCCUAGUGAAAAUCUGAGCGAUGAUUCGUGUACGGCCAGAGAAGUAUGGAGCGGGGAAGACAUUGGAGUGAUAACACAGUCGAUAACUAUGGCAGUAGAAGUACAUGGAUGUGCACUAUUUGUUUUAAAUUGCACUUCCCACUGAAAUAUUUCGUCCUUUUUCCUAGCUAUAGAGUUCGAUAUAUUCUGUGUUACAUGGGUCCAUUCAAUAUAUGGAUUCUUUUCGGAAAUGUAUCCAAUAAAACCAUGUUUGAUAAUUGUCUUUCCUUUUGUAUAUUUGCAUUCUAUGAUGACUGACCUUCGUGAUCCUAUGAGUACUGAAUCUUUUUUAAGCCUA